AUGUGCGUGUGCGGGGGCCUCGCGGAAGACAACGCAAGGUUCAUACUCCUCGCCGGCGUCCUGGCCGCGUACAUGCUCGCCGGUGCCGUCCUCUUUCAGAGCCUGGAGGCUGACCUCGAGAUUCGACAGGCCGCUGAAUUCUGGCGAGUGUACCACACUUUCCGGCGUUACCACAUGCGAACCACACCUCAGGCUCUUCAGCGUCUCCACGAGCUGCUCUACUCCUACGGGAACGCAUCGACCGCAGGGGUGAUCAACAAAAGACGUCGCUGGGACUUCCCCGGGAGUUUCCACUUCGUGGGGACCAUCGUGUCAACCAUAGGAUACGGGAGCACGGCGCCGCAGACCACUGCCGGGAGAGUCGCCGUCAUCCUGUAUGGGUUCUUCGGGUGCUCGGGGGGCAUCUUGUUCUUCAACCUCUUCCUGGAAAGGAUCAUCACCUUCCUCGCGUGGAUCUUGAGGAGCCUGCACCUGCGGCGACUGAAGAGGCGCCUGAAGAAGACGACCUUGGCCUCCAGGCGGACCGCCAGAGUGGGGAAUGCAAGAGCGAGGGCACUUCCCGAUAUCCUGGACGACGAUGACGUUGGCCUCGAACACUGGAAACCGAGUGUCUACUGGGUCAUGAUGUACCUGUCGCUGGCGUCAUGUGCUGUCGCCUGCUGUGCGGCUGCAGUUUAUGCCCCUCUGGAGGGCUGGAGCUACGUCGAGGCCCUGUACUUCUGCUUCGUCAGUUUCGCGACCAUCGGCUUCGGGGACUUCGUCAGCACGCAGCAGCCGCAGUAUCCCUACGUCCAUUGGUACAGGCUCGCCAACUUCGUGUUCCUGGUGGUCGGGUGCUGCUGCAUCUACUCGCUGCUGAACGUCACCUCGAUAGUGAUCAAGCAAGGCCUGAACGGCAUAAUCUGGAGGCUGCAGUACCGCAACCGAGGCAUGGCCGCUCCUCAUCUGCCCAGAAGAAGGUCUUCCGUGUCCGCGAUAUACUACCCGAAGAGGAGGCCGACCAAGGUGGGAGCCAGGGACUCCUACAAGGUCGAGGAGGUGGAAACUCCUCGCAGAUUGUCCGGAGAGCUGAUCUCCAUCAAGGAGUUCCUCUCCUCCAACAAAGUCUCCCUGGCUGUGAUGCAGAAGCAGCUCUAUGAGACCGCCCAGAUGCAGAAGGGAUGUGGACCCGACUCGACGACUCCUAGUCAUCAGCCAUUGUUCAAACCAGGCGCCGUCGGCCCUCUCGCAAUCGCCAGCGAGAAAUUCGAAAAAAACAAGAACGCUAUCAAUAGAUAGGUCGAACUUGUCGCGAUGACGAUUGUCGCGGAGAGAAAAUCAUACCUAGGGAAUGGACACCUAAGAUCACUUCUCGACACCUCCGGGUCUCGGUCGCGUAAUCGUUUAGCGAGAUGUACAAAGUCUAGAUAUUACAGGUACUAUUUUUGCAUCCAGUUUAAACGCGGGAUUCUCUUCGGGGAGCACGAGGUUAAUGGUACACGGCGCAUGUACACGAUGUAAAGUAAUGUCAAAAAGAGGUACUCUUCGGAUCUCGAAGGACCCCGAGCACUUCGAGUACCGUCGAUUGGAAUUAUUCUCCCAAUAAUAACUCGCUGUCCUACUGUAUCGAUCAUUAAAUAACUUUAUUAUUUAAGUGAUUCUUACAGUAGCGCCACUCGCCGAGGUGGCCGGCGAUACUGGAAAACGUAAACCCUCUCCUCCUCGCACUCGCUAAAGUGUAUAUCGUACGCACAUACGUAUAAGUCGAACAGUACGAGCGGAAAUAAUCCUGCGAUCGUUUUGCGCCGUUUCGUUCGCCUCCUCGAUGAGAUGUGAAUAUUUUCUUACUGUAACCGGACGUGUAAUGCGGUUCGGUGAAUCGAUAGAGAUCACUAAAUGGGACCCGAACGCUUCCCUUGAUAUUUAUUGUUCCAGUGAUUCCGUUCCGGCGAGUCGAUGACUACAAUCGGUAGAACAGAGGCGAGUUAAUUAACCGAGUCGCUAAAAUCUAGAUGGAUGGAUCAGGGCGAAGCGUGGCGAUGACGAUUUAACGCGACUUUUCAAAUCGCGACGUGUCGGACAGAUUUAGCGAACAGAUCGGUCGUAUCACGAUAGAAUCGGCAGUCGAAUGGAGACAGUCUCAAAUACUUGUAUCGUACGCGCUAGUGCGCCCCAUUUUCUUCUCUUCUUUUUUUUGUCUUUUUUAUUCUGUAAUUGCGGACUCUAAAAUUUACGGAUACACACAGAAACACACCUCGUUGCUAGACGCACCGUAGAUCCCCAAGCAGCUACGACGAGAUGUCUCGAAUUUAGGAAAAAAGAGACCGGCGAGGUACAGAGAUCUCGCGGAAAAAUUUGUGCGGAUCGCAGGGGGGACUUGUCGAGGGUACACUUGCGUGUCUCUAGGAUUUAGGCUUCCGUAAAAUGAGGGAAAAAAAUCCAAAAGAAUCCAGGUGAUACCUCGGAACAUCGUUCCCUCGUUCUUGUACUCUAUACAGUAAAGAGACACAACGGGAGAGUCAAUUUAAAGUCGGCGGCAAUUACACCGUGACUUCGUUUCAGGUCCUUGAAUCUCGCAAAAAAAAAAAAAAGAAACGAACGAUCGUCUCCGACUUUUCAAGUCGAUCGGGGAAUGCCAAUUAAUUACAUGUAUCUUCCGCAUUAAAGAGACGCCAGUCGCCCCCUCGA